AACUGCAGUUUGUGCCAUUUCUGCUGAGAAAAUGGGGUGCGUGAUUCCUGAAGGAACCCGUCCAGCCACUCGAUCACCUCAGCCACUUAAGUCCACUUUGUGUAUCGAACUAAAGUGUAAGAAAUGCUCCAGCGUACAUGUUGAAGAUCUUUGAGUCAGAUUUCACAGAAAGGACUGGUGAAGAUGUAGCCAUGUCUCGAGGACCUUCGUUUUUUGGCCAAACUGAAACAGGGCAUCAAGCAAAAGAAUGAUGGCCAUUUUGAGAUGUCGCUGCCCUUUAAAGAGGAAAGACCAGCUCUGCCAAACAACAUAACUUGUGCUGAACACCGGCUCCAGUGCUUGUAGAGACGCUUCAGGAAAGAUGAACAAUACUUCAAAGAUUACAGGGCCUUUAUGAUGGACAUCAUUGCUCGUGGCGAUGCAGAAAAGGUUCAUGAUGGAGAGAUUAACAGUCAGCCUGCCUGGUACAUCCUGCAUCAUGGAGUUUAUCACCCUCAGAAGCCCGGCAAGAUCCGGGUGGUUUUUGACUGCUCCGCAAGAUUUAAGGACACAUGCCUGAAUGAACAUCUAUUGACUGGGCCAGACCUCACAAACACCCUCAUAGGAGUCCUGUGUCGUUUCCGCAAGGGUCAAGUAGCCAUUAUGUGCGAUCAUCAGUUUCAUGUUGCCCAAGAAGAUCAAGACUAUCUCCGGUUCUUGUGGUGGGAAGGUGGUGAGCUGGAAGCACGACCAUCAGUAUUCCGCAUGCGUGUUCAUCUCUUUGGAGCUGCCUCCUCGCCUGGAUGCACAAACUUUGGAUUUAAGCAUCUCGCUGCUCAAGGUGAGGGUGAGUUCAGUCAAGCCGCUGCAAGGUUCAUCCAACGCAAUUUUUAUGUCGACGAUGGUUUGACAAGUGUUGAAAGCGACACAGAAGCCAUUCAGCUUGUGAGAGAAGCCAGAGACCUCUGCAAGUCUGGUAAGCUUCACUUGCACAAGUUCGUCUCCAACAGCAAGCAGGUGAUUGCCUCUCUUCCAACAGAAGAGUGCGUGGAAAGUGCUGCUGACUUGAGCCUCGACUUAGGACAGGCCAAGGUAGAACGGGCACUCGGAGUACAGUGGUGUGUGGCAUCUGACACAUUCCAGUUCAGAGUAACUGUAAAGAAAAACCCAUUCACCAGAAGAGGUGUUCUUUCCACAGUGGCUUCAAUUUUUGACCUGCUAGGGUUUGUGGCACUCUUCAUUCUGAUUGGGAAAAGGAUCCUGCAUGCCAUGUGUAGAGAUAAGGUAGGCUGAGAUGAGCCGAUUCCAGAAGACCUCAAGCCGCACUGGGAGGUCUGGCUCCGUGAUCGUUUAGACUUGUCCACUAUAAAGGUAUCACGUUGCUAUGUGCCACCAGUAUGUAAAGAUGUCCACAGUGUUAUGAAUUGCACAAUUUCUCUGAUGCCAGUGUGACCGGUUAUGGAGUCUGCUCUUACCUUAGGACAGUGAUGGUGAACGGGGAGGUGCAUUGCACACUCUUCAUGGGGAAGGCAAGAGUGGCCCCAACGAAGGUGACAACCAUCCCGAGAUUGUAGCUCUGCAGCUGUUGUUGCCACCAGAACAGGUGAUCUGCUUAGAAGAGAACUGGAGUUGAAUCAACUCAGUCAGUUCUAUUGGACUGAUUCCAAAGUUGUUCUGGGCUAUAUUAAUAACGAGGCAAGACAGUUUCAAGUCUUUGUAGCCAAUAGGAUUCAGCAGAUCAAAUCCAGCACAGAAUCUUGUCAAUGGAGGUAUGUGGCCACAGAACAUAAUCCAGCUGACCAUGCAUCCUGUGGGAUCACAGCAAAGGAACUUAUGGAGUCUAACUGGUUCACUGGGCCAAGUUUUCUGUGGCAAAGAGAACUCCCCAAAGAUGAGGUCAAGGCAGAAGUAAGUGAUGGCGACCCAGAGCUCAGAAGGACCCAAGUCCUCACAACCAAUGUGACAGAGCAGACGCCUCUGUUGAAUCGUUUGCAGAAGUUUUCAGACUGGGGAAGGAUGGUGAAAGCCAUAGCAAGACUGAAGUGGUGGGCAAGGAAUGUAAAGGGGCUAAGAGAAAGAUCAAAGUCUACAACACUUAAUGAAAGGAAAGAUGCUGAACUAAUUAUAAUCCGCCUAGUCCAAGAAGACAUUUUCAGUGGAGAAAUCAAGGCUCUCAAAGAAAGGAAAGAGGUGAAAUCAAAUCAGCCCUCCAGACUGCACAAGCUACACCCAUUUGUAGAUGAGCACAAUAUUCUGAGGAUGGAAGGAAGAUUGACCAAAGCGGCGAUCCAUCCCCAUUCUUCCAAAGGGCCAUCAUGUGUCCCGGCUCCUCAUAAAACAUUUUCAUGAACGAAUUUGCCAUAAAGGUCACGGCAUGACGAUGAACGAGAUCCGAUCCAAGGGCAUUUGGAUUCUGGGAUGUAGCAGUGAAGUAUCCUCAAUCAUCUGCAAAUGUGUAAAAUGCAGGAAGUUUCGUAAAGGCACUUAAGAACAAGUUAUGGCUAAUCUACCGCCUGAAAGGUUAGAGACUACUCCUCCAUUUACGUACAGUGGCAUGGACUGUUUCGGACUAUUCUAUGUGAAGGAUGGAAGAAGAGAAAAGAUACGGCCUUCUAUUCACUUGCAUGUGUUCGAGAGCGGUUCAUAUUGAAGUGCUUGACGACCUCAGUUCUGAUGCAUUCCUGAAUGCUUUGCGUUGCCUUAUUUCCAUCCGUGGCAACGUAAGUCAACUUCGUAGCGAUCAAGGCACUAACUUUGUUGGUGCGAAGAAAGAGUUCAAGGACCUCAUGAAAGGAUUCACUCAAGAGCGCAUGAAAGAUCUGGGCUAUCGUUUCAUCUUCAAUCCACCUUCCUCCAGUCACAUGGGUGGAGUCUGGGAACUACAGAUCCGAACAGUGCGGAGUGUCUUGACAGCCAUCUUGGAUCAGUCUGCCAGAACCUUGGACAGCUCCUCACUGAGAACCUUCAUGUAUGAAGCCAUGGCAAUAGUGAAUAGUCGACCUCUGAAUUCUUAAAUGAUCCGUUGGCACCAGAGCCGUUGACGCCAAAUCACAUAUUAACAAUGAAGUCAGAGAUUAUCGCAUCUCCACCUGGAGAGUUCUCUAGGGAAGAUCUCUAUCUGAAGAAGAGAUGGAAGAGAGUCCAAUUUUUAGCCAAUGAAUUCUGGGCGAGAUGGAAGAGGGAGUAUCUUUUGAAUCUACAACAAAGGAGUAAGUGGAGUAAGAACCGUCGAGACACAAAGGUCAAUGAUGAUGUCCUACUUCAAGAUGACCUGGCACCACGAAACCGUUGGAAGCUUGCCAAAGUUGUUGAAGUCUUCCCGGGAUCUGAUGGGCGGGUCAGGAAGGUCAAACUUUUAGUCAGUGAUGUAACACUAGAUGGUAAAGGUGCACGCACUACUAAGCCAGUGUAUUUAGAAAGACCUGUACACAAAACAAUAUCUUACUUGAGUCUGAUUAAGGCGUGAGAUUUCUAAAUCACAGAUUAUGUUAAUUCAUUAUAUCUUUGAUAUUCAUGUGAAAGAUUGUGUGUGUGUGUGUGUGUGUGUGUGAGUGGACUUACCUUGGGGUUUCCAGAAUCACACUUAUGUGAUGGUGGGAGUGUAGCUGCAGCCAUAGGAGUUUAAUGGUUUCCACUCAGCCUUGCAUAUUUUGCACCAGCUUUGCAUAUUUUGCACCAUCUUCGCAUAUUUGCACAAUUAAUAUAAUAAUGUAUCUUAUUUUAUAUACCGUUGUAAUGUACAGAUUUAUCUGAGAUGUAUUGAUAUUGUAAUGAUGUAUUUGAUUAACGUUGUAAUAUAUUGGAUGGACUCAAUCUCCUAUGAUGCCUAUAUCUAUGUCACUUCCUGUCAAAUGUUUGAAACCUAAUGAAUGAGCUCGUGAGGCUACAAGGGGCUACCUGUUUGAUGCGCUGCAAGUUUUUAUCGUUUCUAAUGCUUACAAGAGUUACCUCAAGUUUUAUAGCGCCUUAUGUCCAACUCAACAACAACAACUUGUAACAUCCUCUCUUGGUCUACAAGCCGGCAAAAGUGUUAUACGUUGUUUGUUGGAGAAAAUAAACAUCAAUGUUAAGAACCUGGCCUUGGAUUUGUGACUAAGGGCGACAUAGUAUCUUUGCAAUAUUAUUAAAUUAAUCUGUCACCAUAUGCCUACGUUUGCAAAGAGGAGAAUAUUUUAAUUU